AACUAGGAUUUCCCAGAACUGUAUGCACAGAGUGCAAACGUGAAGUAGUAGAUGGGAAAGUAAACUACAAAUCUCAUUGUCACGAUCAUUGUUAUUUGACAGGAGUUGAGACUGAUGUGACUAAUAAUGCAGCCUUAUUGAAUUGUUGGGCUAUUCGAAAUGAUGGAACUUGUCAUCAAUGUGGUUGCAAAUAUGUAGUACAUAUGCAUAUAACUUAUGAUUAUGAUUACGAAAUUCAGUAUGUUGUUGAUAAGAGUGUGGAAAAACAGAUUGGCGAUAAAAAAUCGUUUCAAGAGGCAAAGAAAAGUGCCCUAGAAAGUUGUGAAAAAUUACGCAGUCAACUAGAAAGUGAACAAAGGAAGAUAGCUGAAAUUAAUAUUUGCUUUGCGAAAUUUUUAAGACAAAGUGCGAUAGCCACAUUUAAUGAUUCAUAUGCUGAAUACCUAGAUCAUUUCAUACGUGAAGAAAAAAUCAAGAAAGCUGCAGAUCCUCUUAAUUAUAAUGAUGCACUUAUUGAAGGGCUUGAAAAGACAAAAAGAGAAUAUCUGGAAAAGAUCAAAAUUAUAAAAGAAGCAAUCGCAGCUAAUGAUCCUUCCGAAUAUGUAAUUACUCCAGAAGAUAUAAAGAAAUAUGAAAAUGACUUGUAUAAUUUGAAAAUCAAUGGGGUAUCCUUAAAAAAAAUGAAAUAUGUAGCGGUACGUAGUCAUGCCCGUGCAUUUAGACAAUAUCAAUCUCAGAAUAAUGGUCAUAGAAAUGCACACAAAUCAGUAUCUAAAAUUUUUACUCGAGUAUUUAACGCAUUUAAAUCAAAAAUUGAGGAUUAUACCAACAAUUAUGAUGUUGUGAAGUAUUCACAAAAUUAUGACGAUUACGUUGAUAGUAGUGAUAGUGUUGCUAACUCGAAUUAUUCUGAUAAUUAUGCUCUUGUUAAGUUUUCACAAGAUGAUUACAAUAAUUACAGAAGUUAUUAUAAUCAUUAUACCAAUUCGAAUUAUACUGAUAAUUAUGCAAUUGUGAAAGUUUUUAAUGGUUAA